AAAGAACUCCCAAAGGCAUUAUUUUUAUUUGGUGCUAUUGAAAUUUAAAAUAAUUUUGAAGGCCCAGACGAGGAUGAUCGAUCAGGAAGAGUUGGAUUACUAUAUAAUGUUUCCCUCGUUUCCUGUUUCACCAAAAGAUCCAACCAUCACAUCCACAAUGGACAAUCAAGAUCGUAGGGAUGAUUUUGUAUUUGUUUAUGAAGAAGAUAAACGACCGGUGGUCGUUCUCCUCGGCUGGGCCGGUUGUCAGGAUAAAUAUUUGGCUAAAUAUAGCGCAAUUUAUGAAGAAAAAAGUUGUAUUACACUUCGUUAUACGGCACCAGUGGAUUGUCUAUUUUUGAGAAGAGACAAAAUGCCAUACAUUGGAAAACGAUUAGUUCAAGUUUUAUUGGAUAAAAGUUUAGGAGAACAUCCAAUAUUUUUUCAUAUUUUUAGUAAUGGUGGUGCAUUCCUUUAUGAAUAUGUGAGUGUUGCAAUGCAACAAGCUGGAUCACCAUUUCAGGUGAAAGGCGUGAUUUUUGAUAGUGCUCCAGGAGAGAGACGAGUUCUAUCUUUAUAUAGAGCUAUUAGUGCAAUAAUUGGUGGUCAUCCUCUCACCAACAUUCCAAUGUCUUUUGUCAUAACAUUCUUUCUCUCUGUGAUUUGGAUCGUCGAAAUUUUCAUUCAAUCUUCAUUGAGAAAAGGAAAAAUGAUGGCAAGUCUCGCAACACUUGCAGAAGAGCCCUAUUCAUGUCCUCAAUUAUUUCUUUACUCCAAUACAGAUACUUUAAUAUCAUCCGCGGAUGUGGAAAAAUUUGCAACUCGUAGAGCAGAACGUGGUGUUAAAGUUGAAAUGGUGCUUUUUACUGAUUCACCUCAUGUGAAACAUUUCACGACAUAUCGUGAUGUUUAUGUAAAUACUGUUUGCAAUUUCGUUAAUGAAUCAUUGAGAAUAAAGCACAAGACAAUCGAGGCUAAUAAUGGACAAUGUGUCGAUGAUGAUAAUGACGUUAAUCUAAUUGAGACUCAAGGUUUAACGAAACGAGUGGUCCUUCCUCACGAAGCGACAAAGUAGUAAAUUAUAUUUAUAUUUUUAACGAAUAUAAUAUAUAUAUAUAUAUAUAUAUAUAUAUAUAUAUAUAUAUAUAUAU